GUCAAAAUUAUUUACACGGGUAUGUUUGGGAGAAUACAUUAAAAUACAGGGACUGAGGUUAUAAAUUUAUUUAUUUUAUCUGAGUAGAUCGAUCUCUGAAGGGGGAAGACAGAACACAGAAGAACGAUAAACUGAGAAACCCUAAGUCUGGUCCUGUGUUAAAGCAGUGCUUGCUUGCUGCUUUUUAGAGAGAGAUUCGAGAAUGUAUGGAAGAUCUGGUCUCGACAGGUUUAAAAAGUCCCAAACUUUGCAACCUUUCUCUGUAUCGUCAUCAAAUCCUCCUCCAGUGGUUCAACAACAUUUGUCUCCGAAGGAGGCGGCGCCAUUGGCGGAGAAAACUCAGAUUGGAGCUGGUCAAUCAACGUGGCAUCCACCUGACUGGGCGAUUGAGCCUCGUCCCGGUGUCUACUCUCUAGAAGUUGUAAAAGACGGCCAGAUCCUCGAUCGCAUUCAUCUAGUUAGACGAAGACACAUCUUCGGGAGACAACAUCAGACUUGUGACUUUGUUCUUGAUCACCAGUCUGUUUCUCGCCAGCAUGCAGCCGUUGUUCAUCACAAGAACGGUAGCAUCUUUGUGAUUGACUUGGGAUCAGCUCAUGGUACGUUUGUUGCUAAUGAGAGGUUGACUAAAAGUAAUCCUGUAGAGCUUGAAGUAGGUCAAUCGUUACGGUUUGCUGCUUCCACAAGAAUCUACCUUUUGAGAAAGAACAAGGAAGCUCUCUUUACUCGUCCUCCACCUCCUGAUCAGAUUAAGCUUCCUCCACCUCCUGAUCCUUCUGAUGAGGAAGCCGUUGUUGCCUACAAUACUUUGUUGAAUCGGUACUGUUUAAGCGAUGGAGAGUCGGGUUGUAUGUUAGGGAAAAGGAAAGAGAAGGCUGUUUCAGAAGAAGCGGGUGUGGCUAAGAGGAUGAAGAAAAUGAGAGUGAGCUUCAAGGAUCAGUUAGGUGGAGAGCUGGCUGAGGUUGUUGGGAUGUCAGAUGGAGCUGACGUGGAAACAGAGCCUGGUCCUAUUAAUGUCAAAGAAGGAAGUCUCGUUGGGAAAUAUGAAUCACUGGUGCAAGUCACACUGAUACCCAAAGGCCAAGGGAAGGGAGAUAAAUCUUUUACUACAGGAACCAGAGGUGUGACUGAUCGACUCCAGGACGCUAUGACGUUGUUAAAAAGGGGGUCCAAAAAGAGGGAUUUAUGAUGAUCUUUACGGUGGUGACUCACUUGCCAAGGCUGUUGGCACGUCAUGGGCUUCUGUGAGUGAAUCAGCAGCUAAAGAUAAAGAAGAAACUGAUUGCACAAGAGGGGUUGGUGAAGAAGAUGAUAACGACGACCUGUUUGGUGACUGACUGAUUUUGAACACGAGAGAUUUACGCAGCUUCUUCUUCUUCUUCUUCUCUAAUGUCUACAUACCAUUCCAGGGCAUUGAGUGAUAUGGAUCGGAGCUGAGUGUAGAUGAGUUGGUUGAGUUUGAUGCUUUGAAACAUUACUACAAGGUUGAUCAGCACUU